AUGAGAAAAGAAUCGUCGUUCAAAUAUCUAGGCGCGAAUAUUACAAGUAAUAGGAAUUUGAAGAACGAAGUGAAAGCUCAAACAACGAAGGCAUCAUUAAUAUCGGGGUACUUGCGAGAUGUAUUCUGGCGGAAUAAAUAUAUGAGCACCAGGAGCAAAGUCAGAAUAUACAAGACCUGUGUGAGACCGGUGAUGACAUACGCGAUAGAGACCAGAGCAGAGAACACCGUAACUAAGCGUCUUCUAAGAACAACUGAGAUGCGAGCGCUGAGAUCUAUAGCGGGAUACACAUUACUUGACCGCAAAAGAAACGAAGAAAUUCGAGAUAUAUGUGACAUCCAGGAUGUGGUGAGAUGGGCAAGAAAACGGCGAAGAGCAUGGAGAGACCAUGUGGACAGAAUGUCGGAUGACCGCUUGGCAAAAAUCGCAAAGGAGGAAAAACCAAAUACAUCCCGACCACCAGGACGACCACCUACAAGGUGGUAUGAAAGCUGGUCUUCGUCAUCCCAGCAGCAGCUAGAAAACCAUUGA